GCGCACUCAGGGGGCAGGGCCGUAACGCUUAGUUCACCACGUCAGCGUGUUGGACGGGGAGCCUGGGGUCGUUCAGAAAUCGACAUUGUCCUACCUCCACGACUGCGAUGUCUGGCAUCCGUGUUCAUUGAUUGUCUUGUCUCGUUUCAUAACUGUCCUUUCCUCUUAAAGUCAAUGCAGCGUCUUGCUUUUGUCUCGGCACUGUAGACUGCUCUUUUGGUUUUUGUCUCCAAAUUUCACGUCGUUUUCCGACUGGACUGCACACCUCUCACACCAGAACUAUGGAGAUGCAUCCCCGCAACGCCGGCAGGAAAACACUCCUUGCCCUGGCCCUGUUUAUGGCGACAUCCAUUGCUUCUUCCUACGGUUUUGUGUCACCAGGCCUGAUCAGGUUUAAUUACCGAUAUGGCACUUGCCCCAACAUGUCUUCUGGAGUUUGUGCCACACCGUCGACGGCGUCCCUCGGAACUUUGGGGCAACCCGCAGGAACUGUUGCACGCCGCCCAGGACCGUUUCGAAGUGUUAGCGCAAAUGUCAUCGGCAGUCCCUCUUCUGCGCUAUUCGCUGCCGACGAGGCGAGUUCUGAUGAUCGGCCCCUUCUUGAGAGAGUAAAGGACGUUGUUGCUGACCAGCUCGGUGUGGAUCGUGCAAGGAUCAAUCCCGAGUCAAACUUUAUCAAGGAUCUGGAUGCAGACAGCCUGGACAGCGUUGAGCUGGUCAUGGCAUUUGAAGAGAAGUUUGGUGUCAGCAUUCCCGAUGAGGAAGCGUCCAAGAUCGCCACCGUCCAGGACGCUCUGAGCUAUAUCGAGAAAGCCAAGAGCGCUACAGCGUAAGAGUCUCAAGGAGACAUACGAUCACUGGAGUGACCGUACCCUGGUGUUUUCUGGUAGUUCACCUCAAAGCAAACAACCUUGUGUUGCACGAGGAGCAUGGACUGCCCAAACACCCUGUAAGUUUCGUUUCUCCUACGGCUGACGACCAAAAUCUUCUCGGGCCGUCCGGCUGUCUGCUGAAGACGACCCCUGGGAAAUGUAUAGGUGCUCUCCGGCAUGCUCGACUCCUGUACAGUUGCAGCAUACUGAGAUUAUUUGUACCAGCCCGGGUUGGAGUGCGGCGUCAGCUGCACUAGCAGGCAUAAAAGGUUUGGAAAAUGAGCUUGCCCAUUUACACGGAGCGUGGGUAUGCUCUCAUCUCCGUCUGGCCCCGUCUAAGGCCUCCGGGCUGAUUAUGUUUUGUACAGCGCCAUCGGCAAAAUCGAACUGACAGCGUGUUCGCGGUCCGUCUUGCCUCGAGCUCGCGCGAUAGACUCGUACAGAGGACAACUAUAGCGUUCUGUUUCUCUGGUUUCAGAG